GCAAGAUGGUAUUCUAUGGGUAUGGGAUCUGAUAUGUAUUCUACGUGGGCGUUCUCGUUAGGGGGGGUCUAUGUGUGUCUUCCACGACCACGGCCACGGUUCGGGAGGUUUCCUCCACCUCGGCUUCGGGAGCUUCCUCCGCGGUGUACACCUCCGCCUCUAUGGUUGUUGCGGUCGUUGCGUUUCGACGCCUUUGAUGCAAGCGGAUGGUCCGGGGGAAGACGUGAGAGUUGGUCUGGUGGGCCCCACCAUUUGGCCGCUGUGAACGGGCACAUGCGGGAGGGGUGGUCGUCGAGCUUGCAUAUGACACAGCCUUUGAUUGAGCCAUCGUACAUGUCGACGCUCGGUUUGUAUCGGAUGGCGCCUGCUAUGUAUUCCUCUUGUCUCAGCAUCUCGCGGAGCUUGAGUUGCUCGGCUUCUGAUCCAAACCCAGGAUCCAUGUAUACCGCCAUGGUGGCGCAUUCGCCAUCGUUUCUGUAGACCGCAUCGAUGCUGAGGGCGAUGUGGUCGAUCCGUUUUUCCAGUGGUCCGGUCAGCGGUUGGGUCAUGCGGUCGAGGUGUAGCACGAUUUCGUUGUUUGUGUGCAUCCUUUCUCGGAUCGCACCUCGAAGUUCCGCCAUCAUCUCUUCUGUGUCCGUUAUCGACGACAUCUCGAAGUGUGCCAGUGUCCAGCUACGUUUCUCCUCCAGGAGGGUUGUCGGCCAGUAUGCGGUGCAGUUGUUUACUGCGAUGAACGGCUCUUGGAGGAUGGUGUCGCGGGUGUCUGAGUCUUCGCAUCUGAGGAAUGCGACCAUGGGGGGUGCGUAUUUUGCCCCUUUUCCGUUGCCUUCGGAGACUGGGGCGACAUAGUGGAUUUUGUCUGAGAUGCCGGAGAGGGAAAGCUUGACGUCCGUCCCGGUCUCAUUGUGUCUGCUAUUGAAUAGAUGCUGACCGCCCAGUGCCAUGAUGAUGAUUAUGGUUUUCGACGGAUCCCAUGACUCGACUUGUUUUCGCUGGGCUUUGUCGACCCCUUCCCAAAUUCUGUAUCUGGCGAUAUUGUGCACUGGGAAGACUCCCCCUUGUACUCGCUGGAAGGGGGCUUCCCCCUUGGAGUUUAGCGUGGGUGUAGGGCGUUCGUCGACGACUUUUAGGUUUCGUGGUCAUCCAUGGUGAUCUCUUCGAUGUCUGCUCUGUUCUCGGUGUUGGUUGUGGCAGGUUCUUGGGUGUUUUCUGCGUUUAUGGGGGAUUCGGAGUCUUGGUGGGGCUCGGCGUCUAUGUGGAUUUCGUUUUCGCCUGGGGUCGGGCUUGCCUGGGUGUCUGUCUCGUGUCGCUCAGCGAGGGGGGAGGCUGGUUGUGUCUGGAGGCUGAUUUCAGUCUCGUUCGGGGUGGCGUUGUCUCGUCCUCGUUUGUCCGUGCCUCUCCGUUUGUAUGGUGCUGGUCUAUCGUGCUCGCGGCCUUUGCGCACCACUAGCUCGCCUUGUGUGUGUUUGGGGAUGGUGUCUGUUCCUGGGACUUCUGUCUGGGAUGUCUCUGCCAGUUUGUUGGUGGUUGGGAGGUUUUCUUUUUUUUAUGAAAAGGGUGUGUGUAGGUUCGUGUAGGUGUCAACGUGUCACUGGUUUUUGGGCCGUCGGCUAGGUUCUGCCAGCGAGUUUUUCUUCUCUGGGGGGGUUAUUAUCUCUCGUCUGUAGAGGAUAUCUUCUAUCGCUUUUCCGAUAUGCAUGCGGUUACAUCUUGGAGGGUUAUAUCCACUCGGUUCAUACAGUCUAUUUUGUAUUUCUUUAGGUUACUGCAACCCUUUUCCCCGUCUGUCAGGGUGCCACUUUUCUGUUGGGCUGGCGCUCCUUUUGAGCGUCCCGUCGCCUGUUGCGGCGGGGGGAGCCUCUGAUUUUCUUCCUCACGCAUCAGAUGAUGGUGGUAAGACAUCAAGAAGUCCC